UUACGUCAAGAUAUAAACAUUAGUUACGAACACGAUUUAAGCGGUCCUACACAGUCAAAUACUUUUAUAUAAUAUAUAUCGCCUUGAUAUUGACAUUAUUUAAAUAUUAUGACAUUCUAUUUUUUCUCGUUAGUACUAUUCAGUUUCAGUUUAUACGUGACGACAGUUGUAGUUGCGCAAAAGUCAAAUCAUAAAUAUUUAGGAUGUUUUUUGGAAGAAAAUCUACUGACACUCGGAGAAGAGAGCCGUGUCUUAACACCGAUAUCGCCUCAGGCCUGUUCCAAAUUUUGCUCCGGGAAAAGAUAUUUAUUUUUUAUUCUUAAAAAUGAGAACUGUUAUUGUAGCAAAAAUUAUAUAUCAAGAUUAAUGAAACAGUUUGAUUAUGAGUGUACGAUUAAAUGUACAGGAGAUGAUUCGGCUUCGUGCGGUGGAAAACCAAAUUUAGUGUCUUCGUAUUCAACGGAUAGUUCAAUUUCAAAAAACUUUAUUGAACGUGGUAGUUUUCCAAUACCAAUUUAUUUAGGAUGCUACUCUGAAACUCCUAAUGAUGACGAAAAUCGUAUAUUAAAAGGGCCAGCUGGACCUUAUAAUAACAAUACACCUCAAAGAUGCUCAGAAAUAUGUUUCAGGAUGGGGUACUUAUAUUUUGGAAACACAUAUGGAUCAGAGUGUUGGUGUGGAAAUCAAAAACCAUUAAAAUCCUCGAAAGUAGAAAACAUUAAUUGUGAUUCUCCUUGUAGUGGAGAUAGUAAUCAAUUCUGUGGCGGUGGAUGGAAAAUGGGAAUAUAUUCAACUGGAAUUACUGAUUUUGCGGCGAAAAAUUAUAUUGGGUGUUACGAUACUAUUGAUGAUGAUGAAAACAAAACCAAAGGAAAGCGUUUAAUAUUUCAGAUGGGAACAAAUAAUAGCCCUAAACGGUGCAUGAAUCUUUGUAAUACUCAACGAUUUAAAUAUGCUGCCGUUAAGGGAAACGUCUGUGAAUGUAUGAACUCUGAACCAAAUUUUAGUUUAAAAAGAAGUUAUAGUGAUUGUCAUACUCUAUGCACAGAAAAUCCAUCAGAAUAUUGUGGUGGUAGAAAUUCAUUUAGUAUAUACAAAACCCUAUUUUCAGAUCCCCAAGGGAAAGUGAAUGUGAAUCAUAUUGGAUGCUUCAAAAAUUUCAAAAGACAUCCAAUAUUAAAUGGUUGGGGAGUAAUGCAUUUUAACUUAACACCUCAUCAUUGUGUGCACAGUUGUUAUGCAAGAAGGUUUCCGUAUGCGGCGCUCGUAUCUUCGAAAGAAUGUUUAUGCAGUUUUACCAAACCUUCGGAGGAAGCUAUGACCGAUGAUAGUAUGUGUAAUACUCGUUGUUCCGGUUCAUCUCAACAUUCAUGUGGUGGCCAUAAUACGAUAAAUGUAUACAAUACUGGAUUAGAAUGGCAGACGAGUACGAUUGGAAAUUAUUAUUUAGGCUGUUUUGAGGAAAGUCAAAAUAACAGAAUAUUGCAUGGUUAUUCACGGUCUUUUUCUGUGAAUACCCCAGAAUUUUGUUCAAACCUUUGUUACAAAUUUGGUUAUUUAUACUCGGGCGUAACAUAUAAAUCUGAAUGUUUUUGUGGAAAUCGAUCUCCAAACGAACCUCAGUUUCCUAAAUUAGAUGACAAACAAUGCAAUACCAAGUGUUCGGGUGACGCUAAUCAAUUUUGUGGUGGCGGCUGGAGAAUGGGAGUAUUUUCUACUGGAUUAUAUGAUUUCCCAAUCGAAGAUCGAUAUAUUGGUUGUUUCGUACUAGAAGACGUUUCAUUAAAUUACACAAAAUUUGAACUUAUCAACACAAAUGUACCUAGUAAAUGUUCAACAAUUUGUCAUAAUGCUGCAUAUAAAUUUGCAGGAGUUAUGGGGAUCAAUUGCUUCUGUAGUAAUCAUGCACCAGAAAAUAACCAAAAAGUAGAUGAUAGUAAUUGCGAUACAACUUGUGUUGGUGAUUCAAGUAAAACAUGCGGUGGUGAAGAUAGAAUACAAGUAUACGAUCUCAUAAGACAGAAAGAGGAAACUACAAGUACAACUCCUGAUACAAUGCAUUUUGAUGACUCUUUUGAAUAUCUUAACUUAAAUUCAGCUUGGAGUCACGAUGUUUUUAUUGCACAAGAACCAGAUUUUGAAUUCGUUGUUUACAAUAGUUCUGAACAGAACUCAUUCGUGAAAAAUGGAGAGCUAGUAAUAAGACCUACAAUUCAAUCCGAUAGUUUUAUCAAGAGCGGUCACUUAUCAUUAGACGGUUGUACGAAAAAUGUAGGAUCUAACGGUUGUACGAUGAAUGCUGUAUCUUUUAAUAUAAUACCUCCUGUAGUUUCGGCAAGACUUACCACAAAAAAUAAUUUUUUAUUCCAUUUUGGACAAGUGGAAGUUAUCGCUAAAUUACCAAUAGGAGAUUGGAUAGUUUCGGAAAUAGCUUUGGUUAGUAGAUCCAACGAAAUAAACAGAUUGGUAUUGGCCAAAUCAGUUGGAAAUACCAAUUUGAAAUGUAACGGAAGCGACGAGAGUGCAACUGUCUUAAAAUAUGGAUUUGAAAUCGAUGAACUAUACCACGUCCAAUCGAAAAUGAUGAAACUAAGAUCGGCAAAUACUUGGCACAAUGACUAUCAUACGUUCAAACUGUCUUGGUCUUCCGAAAAAGAUAUGGUAUUUGAAAUAGACGGCGAGAGUAACCGCGUGGAUACGACGGAUUUGCCGAUUGAUAACAUAUUAUUUGAAACCGAAUAUUUCUUGUCUAUUGGCGUGUCGGUUGGUGGCAUGAAUAGUUUUCGUGACGGAUGUUUAAGUAAUGGCCAUUUAAAACCGUGGACAAACUUUCACAAUAAGGCUAUGUUAAAUUUCUGGAAAGACAGGAAUCACUGGUUGCCAACAUGGAAUGAAAACGAAUCAGCAUUACGAGUUAAAAAAGUAAAAAUUACAUUGUUAGAAAGUUAAUAUUAUAACUGUCAAUUGAUUUUAAAUAAACUAUGCAACGGUAUAGUAUUAACUAUAUUACCUAUAUUGUUUACAUAAAAAUGUAAUAAAACACAACAUUCAAUUAUGUUUACAAUAGUUAUUUUUGGUUUUUAUGAUUGUGACAUUUUUAGAUUCUGAACGGUUAUUUACGCGAUGAAUGUAUUUAUUCUACAAUAAUAUUAUAUGUGUUUAUUUAAGUUUUUAUUA